AUGGCGCAAAUGCGGGGACCCGGCAGCUAUGGCAUUGGUGCCUCGAGCCCUUUCGGAGGUCCCGUCAACGACGACACGACCGAAUCCAGUCCUCUCGACGCAAUCAGGAAGCAGACUAGCAAGAUCGAGGACGUUUUGGAUUCAUUCAGCGAGCCUGUUAAGCCCUAUCUCCCUGCCAUUGGCCGCUUCCUGAUUGUCGUAACCUUCAUCGAGGAUGCGCUCAGAAUAAUAACCCAGUGGAACGACCAGCUGCUGUAUCUCCACGAUUACCGUCAUAUUCCUAACGGCGUCACUCACCUCUUCCUUCUCGUGAACGUUCUUGCUAUGGCCUCCUGCUCCACCCUCGUUAUCAUCCGCAAAUACUCUGAAUAUGCCGUCGGCGGUCUUAUCGGUGUUGUCAUCACCCAGGCGCUCGGUUACGGCCUCAUCUUCGACCUCAACUUCUUCCUCCGCAACCUCUCGGUCAUGGGCGGCCUUCUUAUGGUCCUCUCGGAUUCCUGGGUGCGCAAGACCAAGGCUUUUGCCGGUCUCCCCACCCUCGAGGAGAAGGACCGCAAGAUGUACUUCCAGCUUGCUGGCCGUGUCCUCCUGAUCUUCCUCUUCAUCGGAUUCGUCUUUAGCGGAGAGUGGACCAUCUGGCGCAUCAUUGUCUCGCUCAUUGGCCUUGUUGCUUGCGUCAUGGUUGUUGUCGGCUUCAAGACCAAGUUCAGCUCCACUCUCUUGGUCGUCAUUCUCAGCAUUUUCAACCUUUUGGUCAACAACUUCUGGACUCCGCUGCUAACUGUGCGCCUUUCUAGCUUCACGAGCACCACCCCCCACAAGGACUUCGCCAAGUACGAUUUCUUCCAGAUUCUUUCCAUCGUCGGCGGUCUCUUGCUCCUCACCAACACUGGCCCCGGCCAGUUCAGCAUUGACGAGAAGAAGAAGGUCUACUAA